AAACGUCGAGGAAGAGUAGGACAGAGAAGGGGGAUUUGAACGUAAAAAAAAAAAAAAGAAAAUAAAGAAAAAGGGAGGGGAAGGGAGGCGAGAGAGGGCACGCAGGCGAGCGAGAGAGAGAGAGCGCGAACGAGUGAGCGAGUGAGAGAGCCGAGCCCCGCCGGCGGCCCAUUGAGGAAAGAUGGCCACAGUCAGUGCAAACGGAGUGCUGCGGGAGAAUGGAUUCAGCACCACGGACAGCGGCGGCAGGAUGAACGGGCUCGGCCUCGGUACUCAGAACACCAUCCCCAUGAAGGACCACGACGCCAUCAAGCUCUUCAUCGGCCAGAUCCCCCGCAACCUGGAGGAGAAAGACCUCAAACCGCUCUUUGAGGAAUUCGGCAAGAUUUACGAACUCACGGUACUGAAAGACAGGUUUACCGGGAUGCAUAAAGGAUGUGCCUUUCUUACAUACUGUGCCAGAGAGUCAGCACUGAAAGCCCAGAGCGCCCUCCAUGAACAGAAGACUCUGCCAGGGAUGAAUCGGCCCAUCCAAGUGAAGCCAGCAGACAGCGAAGGACGGGGAGAAGACAGGAAGCUGUUUGUGGGGAUGCUCGGCAAGCAGCAGAGCGAGGAUGAUGUCCGGCGGCUCUUCGAGACCUUCGGCCAGAUCGAGGAGUGCACCGUCCUGCGGGGUCCUGAUGGGGCCAGUAAGGGCUGUGCCUUUGUCAAAUUCUCCAGCCACGCAGAAGCACAGGCUGCCAUCAACAGCUUGCACGGUGGACAGACCAUGCCUGGAGCCUCGUCCAGCUUGGUGGUCAAAUUUGCAGACACCGACAAGGAGCGGACCCUGCGUCGAAUGCACCAGAUGGCGGGUCAGCUCGGCAUCUUCAGUCCCAUGACCAUCCAGUUUGGGGCCUAUGGUGCCUACUCUCACGCUGUAAGUCUCAGCCCGGCGGGGGAGGAGACGCAGAUGAUGCAACAGCAAGCAGCCCUGAUGGCAGCAACACAAGGGUCCUACCUGAACCCCAUGGCAGCCAUCGCUGCCGCGCAAAUGCAGCAAAUGGCAGCAUUCAAUGUCAACGGCCUGGUAGCGACACCGAUGACACCAUCCUCAGGCACCAGCACACCCCCAGGCAUCACUGCAACCGCCGUCCCCAGCAUAGCCACCCCCAUUGGUGUCAACGGAUUUAGUGCCUUUGCGCCGCAAACCAAUGGGCAACCGACAUCUGAGCCCAUUUACACCAACGGCAUUCACCCCUACCCAGCACAGAGUCCGACGGUGACCGACCCUCUUCAGCAAGCUUACGCUGGCGUCCAACAUUACGCAGCAGCCUACCCCGCCGCCUAUGCACCAAUCAGCCAAGCAUUCCCACAACAACCGACCAUCAUUCCCCAGCAACAGCGGGAAGGGCCAGAGGGAUGCAACCUAUUUAUUUAUCACCUGCCCCAGGAAUUCGGUGAUGCAGAGCUCAUGCAAAUGUUUCUCCCUUUUGGCAACGUCAUCUCAGCAAAAGUAUUUGUGGACAGAGCAACCAAUCAGAGCAAAUGUUUCGGCUUUGUGAGUUUUGAUAACCCGUCUAGCGCCCAAGCUGCCAUCCAGGCCAUGAACGGCUUUCAAAUAGGCAUGAAGAGGCUGAAGGUGCAGUUAAAGCGGCCAAAAGAUGCCAACCGACCUUACUGACUGGUCAAGAGUCCUGAUUAAGGAUGAUGGGCCCACAACACCUUAUUUCCACAAGUGCAGUCAAAGUACAAAGACUCCUUGCUCUGCUACAUAUCACGAAGGACAGGUGGUCCCUUGAUCCUGCUGGAAGAAUGUGUGACUGAGCGAAGGAUCCCAUUAUUAUUUUUUUUAGUAUUCGUUUUUAUUAUUAUUUUUUUUUUUUUUGCAAAUGACUUGUCUUAUCAAAACCAUUUUUCCCCCUUUUUUUUUUUUGCUUUGGUGUCCAUGGAAGCCGAUUUUUUGCAAAGACUGACUUUUUUGCUGCUCUUUUUUAGACAUGAUUGUUUCAAAAGAUGAAAAAAAAAAAAACAUUUAUAGACUCAUUAUGCUCAAAGCAUGUAUACGUCAACCCGCAUACAAAUAAGAUGCUAUAACUAAUGAAAAGAACAAAAACAAAAAAAAAAAACAUUGUACAUAAGUGCAAAUGCCAAUUCAAGUACUGAAGUAAAUACACACACAAAUGCACACACGUACACACACCAGCCUGCUGCCAUUUCGGUUUUUGUGCCUACACAGACGUUGUGUGCUCUGUGACAGGGCCGAGCUCUGGAUGGGUGACGACAACAAAGAAGAAGAAGAAUCCAGGAUAAUUUACAUGCAUCAUUCCUUAGGAAAUAGGGACCAAAGGACUAAAAAAAUGCUUUUUAAAAGAAUAUAAAUAUAUAAAUAUAUAUUUAAAAAAACAAACAAACUCAUACCUUGUAGCUGCAAGUAUUACUCUUAGUCAAAAAAAAAUCAUUAAAUCAAUAUCCAGUGGCCUACUGUAUUCAAAGAAAAAUGGGACUUUAUGUAUUGAGGAAAAAAAUGGAAUUGUAGCGACGGAGCUCAUUUUUGUUUGCUCUGGAUGCUAAUCAGGCACCAGGUUGUAUCAUAGUGAAGUAGGUUACGAAGAAAAAAAGACAUGUAGAUUUGCGCAUUUUUCCUGAUGUUAAAAAAUACUUGAAGUUGCAAUGACAAAGGACAAGAAAAAUUCAAUAACGGACUCUGCAGUCUACGCCACUGGAUACAGCGCUCAUCAUAAUGUCCGAGGCACCGCAAAAGGAGUCCCGAAGAGGGCAAAGACUGAACUUACUCGUGCCUGUGCUGGACAGGGUGCGGACACGUAAAGGCUCCUCCUUAGCCUUUACGUUCAAGCGACAAUCCACUGUAAAAGACCAAGCAACACGGACCCCCGGGGUGUCUUUUGGAUUUUUUUUUUCCUUGACAUUUUUGUAUCGCGCAAUGUGGAAAGAAAAGAAGUUCAAAGAAGGAUGGUGAAUAGAAGGGAAGGAUUUUUAGAGAACAGAAAAGCUACUGAAACUGCCAGAACAAUGAAUUUUAGUCGCGUUUCCACCAUGUGGUACAGUUCAGUUUGCUUAAUGAGGCUUCAAUUCCAAGAUAAAUAGAAAUACAUACUCUAUGGCAAAGGUCCCCAACCUUUUUUGCACCGGUAUGAUUUGGGUCUUUUUUUCACGGACCGGUGUUCUGCCAAAUUUUUCACCCUUAUAAAAUUUUGCUCUCAAAGCUUUUGUGGCGGUGAAAAAGCCCUCUUUUAUAUUCAGUUGGACUGUGAAAUGUUAUCCAACGGUUGCCUGGCACGGCCAGACUGUUCUCCUUGUGUUUUUCAAACACUGAGAGUAUAGUCUGGGACCCAGCCCAUUAACGGCCUCUCGAGCAAGUACAAAAUCAAUCGACAAAUCAGAUUCGUUUAUUUGAGUGACGUGUUCUUAAUGAGCAACGUCACUCUUCCGUGUCGGAAGUCGUCUCCACAACAACACAGAUGGCGAACGGGAGAGCCGAGAAUAUGUUCCAAUCCACGGUAAAAUCAGUUUUAAAUUACCAAAAAUACAUCGACACAAGUCAUUGACAACAGUCUGUCUCGCGCUAGCCAUGUUGAAUAAACUCCGCUCUACUCGUAUGUUUACUUCCGCGCGCAAGUCCCUCGUCCCGCCUGUCGCUGAUUGGUCCACUCCGCCGUCUGUUUGCUGUGGCUUGCUCCGCCCUGGAAAUUUUAUCCGCUGAAUGGUGGCCAGACCCAACAGCUGGAACAGCGAUGAGUCUGGAGUACCAGGCUAAUCCAACGGUGCUAAAAAAACAUCAUAAACAUACAUGUGCAACACGAAAAUGGUGUAAAUUAAUGCUUAACGACACGGCAUAGUCGUUAAGUAAGAGAGCUGUGUGCAGUUGUUGUGUGCAGCUAAUAUGGCAAACGAAAGUUAAUAUUCCUUUCUUUAAAGAUAGUUUGUAGUGUUUACUUUUGAAUUGCUGCAUUCGCGGCCAUUUUUAACGUUACGCACAUGGAAAAUUUGUCAGAACACCGGCAAUGUGCGGUAGAAAAAUACAGAAAAUAUAAAAUAACAUUUUUUUUUAGCCCCGUUGUGUUAAAUGCAGGGAAAAAAAAUAAUUCACUCGCUGAAUCGGGGAGGCCUGAGGUUGUUUCGUUGAGACGAGAUGGUCCCAUCAAAGUUUGAUGGGAGAGUGAGAGAAGCCCGGUUCACAAAGAUACAAUGUUGGAAAUUGUAGCACGGUUUUCAAUGCUCUCCUAGCAAUGUCAGGAGUGUUCCGGAAUGACUUUAAUCCAGAACCUCGGUAGAGUUGUUGUCUCAUAUGUACGUUUAAGGUCGCCGUCAUUUGUGAUCUCUACAAAUUGAUCCUCCUGUUGCACAGACAUGCUCGAAUCACUGGGUUUAUUCGCAAACGUGUCACGAAUCCACUCCUUCCCAGUUCAUGGGUCUUUUGUGAUUGGGAAGUAGCGUAGAUUUUGUUUUCUUCGAGGUUUUAGGCUCAUCUUCUGGCUCAUCGGGUGUCCUUUUCCCCGUAAAAAAUCUGUCCAAAGACGUCUGUUUUUCAGUCAUUCUAGUGUGGGGGCUAAUUAUUUCCGGGAAAAAAUGUGCCCGCCCUACGUCAGACAUUAUUAUCGAGGACAAGCGCACAUAGAUAUACAAAACAAGAUGUACUGCUAGCAGUCCAAUCAAUGGAUUUCUAUGACGACAUUCCAUCCUGUAGUCUUUUGCGGCCCGGUACCAAAUGCGCCACGGACCGAUAAAGUCCGCGGUCCAGAGGUUGGGGACCCCUGCUCUAUGGCAUUUCAUUUUGCCAACCACUGGUAAUUGAUCAGAGAAAAUAACAGUAUAGUAAUAAUAUAGGGCUGUGUUUGUUGCAGACAGUAUCUAUUAAAUAAAUGCCAUGCUCCAUUUUAUUAUUCCUGCUUACUGUUCUGCAUUAAUGACAUAGACAUGAAAACCAGCCGCUAUUCCGUUUUCAUAGGUAGUAUCAAAGAAGACUGCUAUAAUGAGGCAUGGAAAUCAAGUCCAGAAGUGUGCGAUGGGUAGCCACGAACCUGACACUUGCUUCACCCGCUGUGCUCUAUAUGUUGAAAGAAUGUUGAAUUGCUUUGUAAAAAUGCACACAAUUGCAAUAAUAUCCUGCCUUUGCUAGGCUGUGGGUGACAAGCCGAUAUUUUUUUUUCAGCUCUGAGCAAAUGAUCUUACAGUGAUAGAGAAAGCAUGUGUCUGACCCAUCUUACACACCUAUACCAAAGUUAACACCUUGCCAUCCCUAUGAAAAGAUACUCAAAAUUGGUAUACUACAAUGAAAAAAAAAAAAAAAACUGAACGAAGCUAUACUGCUUGGUGGAAACACGGGCUAAAAAAAAAAAAAAAAAGUUGUAUAGUUGUGUCCAACGUCCCCUCAAAAUCAUCAAGCAGUGUGUUUUUAAUGACAACUACUUAUAGAUGUAAGAGAUGAGACCAACAAAAUGAUAUUAAGAUGUAUAUUCCGCUGUGAACAUAUUCCUUGACCUGCUUUCUUGGUAACAAGCCAUGUAAGUUAUAGAAAAGAUAACACACUCCUUCGUGAAAUCCCAAAAGUGUGAAUUAGCUCUGAACCUUCCCCUACUUGUUCAGUUGGAAUGCUACAAUGAUCUGAUCCCGACACUGGUGGGAUGCAGACGAUAAGAGGGGAGAUGGAGGGGAGUAAACAUCCUUCAAAGUAAUGCUUCUAGGAUGAAGCCCAAACACUAUAAAAAUAGAAGGUAUAACCAAGCUCCUGGUGACAAGCUCCAUAUAUCUGUGUUGUGAGUUCGACAAGUGUGUUAGCUUGGUCCAAAAAGUUUUAAGAUUCGAUAUCCAUUUUCCCUCACAAGAGAGAAACACUUAAACUAGAUUUAAUGAAAUAACAAGUAAACAAUGAGCUAAAGGUUUAUAAAUUUGUUAUGAUAAAGCACAAGUUGCCAAGAGAGAGUAAAAACUUCGUCCCUCAAACGUUUAUUACACUGAACCCAAUGUCUGAUCACGCUACUGUUCUGUUAUUCCAUGUCCCGUAUUAGCCAGCUGUGCAAUGUAAUCUCCAGUUUUUAUCCAGCAACAUAAUUUAAAAAGAAAAUCACAAAGAUGUCAAGCGAGAGCGAACUUAAGGGUGUUUGUUGGAAGGUGGUUCCUUGGACGACAACAUUUAACAACAUGUUUAGACAAAAUAUUGGUUAUUGAUAGUGGACCAGGCACCUGUAAGACUGCCAAAUUAUCUCCAAAGUUGUCAUACAAGACGAUGGAAAGAAGAUUAUGCCUAAAUGUUUGUUUAUAUUGCUGACGAACCUUUCACUAAAAUUUUAGCAAAAUGUUUUAUGGGAAUUUUGGAUCAGAAUUUCCUAUAACACAUACAAUACAGGUACCAUAAUUUUCGGACUAUAAGGCGCACCUGCCUAUAAGCCGCCACCCACAAAAUUUGAUACAAAAACAGCGUUUGUUCAUAGAUAGCCGCACUGGACUAAAAGCCGCAGCUGUAUUAUGUACACUGCAUUAUGGAAUAUUUACACCAAAAUACAUUAACCGGUAACACUUUGUUUGUCAGUGGCAUCAUGAGAUGUCAUAAGAACAAAUGAACCACCAUAGAUCUUCGAACCAAUUGGCUGCAAAGCUUCAUUGCUUCAAGAAGCUUCAUUUGGCCAUCACUGCUCCCUUGGAGGAGACAACCUCUGCUGCCAUCUGCUGUAAACACUCUUGUCGUCCAAUAUGCUUCCUAGCAUGCAUUGCAGCGCUACUGAUGAAAAUAACAGUCAAAAUCCAUGUUCUAUGCUAAUUAUUUAUUCAGUUACUGUUCCAAUUGUUUCAUUAAUUGGUAGUUAUAGCAUUUGGUAACACUUUAUUUGACAGUGGCGCCAUAAGACUGUCAAUAAGACAUUCUUAAUUAUGACAUGACACUGCCAUGAGCAUUCAUGAAUGCUUAUGACAGAUGUUAUUUUGUGUCAUCCAGAAAAUUAUCUCACUUUUGAAUGGAUGCAAACGUUCCGAGCUGGACAUACCGUAUUUUUCGGACUACAAGUCGCACCUGAGUAUAAGUCGCAUUUUUGGGGGAAAUUUACCUAAUAAAAUCCAACACAUAGAACAGAUAUGUCAUCUUGAAAGACAAUUUAAUAUAAAAAUACAAUAGAGAACAACAUGCUGAUUUAGUGUACAGUGUACAGUGCGUGAACAAUGAAAUGCGAAUAUACUGUCCUCACCAGGACGCUAAGGCUCGGUCCUGGCUAUACAGCGAGCUAAACUCCCAAAUGAUGAUGCUGGAUGUCAGGUUCACAUCAACGUAAAUAAAUGAUAAUUAGGUGCGCUUACAGCAAUGACAGACACAAACAGUUAGCAUGCGUUCACUAUCAUUAGCACAUCAUUCAAACAACCACGCAACUGGCUCUAAGUGUCCGAUCGCGGGUGGAAAACACACAACAACAACAGAAAAGAUGAUAAACACAGGCGUUGCCUCUGUAGAGAUAUUUUACAAGCAUAAACAAUGAACGUAGGUUCGUUGCCGUAUUUCUUUCUCGCUAACUCACCCACUCACUCAGAGCUGCGUAGCUGUCUGUCUUCUUCUGGCGUGUGAGCGCUCUUCUUCACGUAAACGAAUGCGAGUGCGCCCCCACGUGGGCGUGAAAGGGCCACAAACUAAAAGCAUGCAUUUCAAUAUAAAAAAAAGUCAAUAAUACAAUUGAACACACAUUGCCAAAGGCAGAACGCGAACGUGGUCAUAGCUAUUAAGAGUUAUUCAGAUAACUACAGCAUAAAGAACAUGCUAACCAAACCAAAAUAACAUGUGAAAUGAUAUCAUAAUGUGUUAAUUAUUUCCCACAUAAGUCGCUCUUGAGUAUAAGUCGCACCACCAGCCAAACUAUGAAAAAAAAAAUGCAAUUUAUAGUCCGAAAAAUAUGGUAAAUGGAGUUUUGGACAUAAUUUGCCAGAUGACACUUAAUGAAAUAUGUCAUAAGCAGCCAUGAAUGCCCAUGACAGUCUCAUGUCAUAAUUAUGCUGGCUAAAGGCAUUCUUAUUAUGCCGCUGUCAAAUUAAAUUUUACCUAUUAACCCAAAUAAAUCAACAAAUAAGCCGCACUGGACUAUAAAACGCAGGAUUUAAAAUGAGGAAAAAAGUAGCGGCUUAUAGUCCGAAAAUUACGGUAAUUGUUUUUCAGCUAUGGAGGUACGUUGUAGGUGUGUUGUGUACUUUCAAAACUAAAUUACAAGUAGACCAACUAAUAUACCCCUAAAAAUAAAAUGAAGAGGUAGUACAACCAGUUGGCUUGAACAACAUUUUAGGGCUGCAGCUAUCGAUUAUUUUAGUAGUCGAUUAAUAGAUGAACUAGUUAGUUCGAAUAAUCGAGAAAUCGGAUAAGGAACAUGAGAAAUGAAAAUAACUGAGAUGAACCUCAAACGUUAUUAAAAAAUAAAUAAAUAAAUGAGGAUCUAUGUACAGCAAAAGAACAAUUGGAUAACUUACAUAGCAAAAGUCCGCUAGCUUAAAUGCUAUAAAAUGCUUUUUUUUUUAUUUUAUUUUUUUUUUUACAAUGCUCUUAACAAGUGGUUCAGACUCAUAUUCCCCCCACCAAAAAAACAACUAAAUAUACCUAUAAACUAAAUUACGAAUGCAUUAAAAAACAUUAGCCCAAACAAAAACUUAGCUUACGUUGGUCUUAACAGGGAGCAGCUGGAUUCAGCCAUGUGAAAUGAGGCAGACUAGAGGGCAGUGUAUCUACCCAAAUCAAUAAAACUAAAUGUAAACAUUUUCAAAAUAAUCCAUUACAACGGCACUUUAAUUAAACGAAUACUCGAAGCAACACAAUUUAAUUAUUAUUUUUUUUUUUUCCUAAUCGAAUACUCGAGUUACUCGAAUAAUCGUUGCAGCACUACAACAUUUACUAUGACUUAUACCACCGUAGCAUGUGUAGCGCUGACGUCAAUGGUUGAGUUUGAUUUAAUACAUUGAUGUGAAAAAAAUAGGGUUUUAAGAUUAAUGUUAAAUAAUCAUAAUUUAAAUCAAUAUAACUAAACACUUAAUUGAUACCUGGUACACUCUGCAGAAAUAAGAAACAAAGGAAGUCGCACAACUAUUCACAGCGUCGUUACGAGAAGCCAGUAUUCCCCCCCGGUGAGCUGACACCAACGCUAGCCUAGCAUGCUGCAGACUAACCAGCGCUUGUAAUGUAAUCUCCUACAGCGAGGCUAAAUUAAACCUAUUGAUAAAGCGAUGGAAAUUUUCAACAUUAGUUUGAAUUAAUUAUCUCUCCUCCAGGAAAAGCAUUUCCAAGGGAAAAAUGAGUAGGUUUUUAGACCUAGAAGAAUAAUACAUGCGCGAUGCCAUAACAUACACUGGGUCCAAGUUAUUAAAUACGAGAAAAGGUGUGUCCAGAUUAACAUACAUCUUUUUAAUCUAAAAACAACAAAAUGAUACCGACCAUAUGACACAUUUUAAAACUACAAGCUGAACAUGCAAUUUCACUGUGUUAUGAUGAUGCUAAAACCUUUAACCAUGAGGUCAUGUCACCCAAUUAAAAACUUGGAAAAUGCCAUUUCUUGUAAAUGUCACACGAACAAAAAUGCCAGAAAUAAGUAAAUAAUUAGUGUAGACUUAUAAUGAGGUUGAGUAAUGGCCAAAAACAUAGAAGACAUUUUUGUGGUUGCAUUCCAGAACUGCAAUUGGUGCUUCGUUUACUGGUUGCGGUUGAGAGACGAAAGCAUAUUUCACCCAAUCUAAUGUAAAUAGUCUUCGUCACUUUCAAAAAUACUUUGUUCUUGUGGACACAUCCACAGUUUGGUAUAUAUGGCUCUCAGUUGUCAUCUGUCCUUUGAGAUUUUCCGUAACUACUGUCUGGAUGAGCAAGUCUACCGUUUUCCAACACACAUCCUAAAAUAGUAGACAUUGUCAAGGAAAGGAAGUGAAAUCUAAUUGACUGAAAGUGUAGAGAUAAUUAAAGUAACCUGUUGGACAGGAGAAAAGAAAUUAAUACUUCUUAUUUAAGAUCUGCUUUGGGACAGAGCUUCUCCGUCAUCUCACUGCAGUUUGGACAGCGAGUUUUGCUGUGGAAAUGGGAUUUUUGAGAUAGAAAUAGGCACUGGGUGACAGUAGUCUAGGGGCGGGGUGGAACCUGAACUCCAUAAAAUCACUCCUGAUACUCAGGGCAUCAGGCGCGAUGAUGUCAUGAUAAGUGGAGAGGUUCAGAGCCUCUCCUUGCUGCCACAUCCUGAUAGCAGAUCACACCCUGUCACUUGGCGGCAGUACUAACAGGUUGAUGAAUUACCUAUCAUCAACCAAUCACAAGAAGAACAACAAACAUUACAGUGUAGUUAGCCAGUAAUGCACAAAAGUCGCAAGGAGCAUACCACGAUGUUGGACUCGCAACAAUAAUGACCAAUUUUUGUAUGAUUUGUUCCUGUAAAUAUAUAUAAAAUAAAUAAGUAGAGAGAUGUACAGCAGUGUGCUCUGAGAAGCCACACUUUCUCGUACAAUGAUGUCACUAUAUACACCACAGCAGUGCUGGGAUCGCUGAGUCAUUUUUUUAAUCCCUCAAGGUUUAAAUCUCUUUCACUUCCAAGCGUUGGAACAAGGCUUACGACAGUAGACAAGGAUUUUAUUUGGUAUCAAUAAAGUAUCUACCUAUCUUCAUAAAGAAGUCUUUAAAUUGGGCUAGUGAGUUCGAUUCCGAUCAAAAAUCCCCGAGGAGCCAUGUGUUUUCACUGAGACAUGAAUAGGCAGAAUUUUAAUUUUUGUUUUGACAGUUUAGGAGGUGGACCAAUGUAGCCACCAGUCUUCAAAAGCAUACCAAUGCAUACAGAAUCAUUACGAGCAGCAAACUGACAGGAUAGGUCGAAUAUUUUGGAAAAUUUUACAAAAAAAAAGAACAAAAAAACUUGCACCUCAAAUUAAAUCGGACCUUAUUGCUUAGUGUAAAAAAAAUGCUAUGGUCUUAGUGACUCUUGAGAGGCACUGUAUGGUACCUAGAGCUUAGUUGUGUAAAAUAAUACCAAAACUCCAGGUCACGUUUGUAAACUGCUUUAAAACAUUCAAAACAGUGAUGGACCUACUCUCAGGGGCCGUUUAUAUGGUGACGCCGCGACACCAAGUCGCAAUGAUCGUGUUGCUGAAUGGCCUCGGCUUUACACGGUGACAGUAAAGACGCAACCAUACGAAUCGAACGCUCUCGCUCCGAUGACGUCAGCACUCACACACAUCCCUUUGGGCAAGCGCAGUCGCUGCUGGUAAACAUUCAAAACAACAAACAUGGUAGAACGUCGGCUUCAAUUUACUGUUUUUUUUGUAAUAUUUUUAAUUUAGAUGUAUCCUAUGUUCGCGUUUUUGUGCCUUUUGAAGCAAAAGAAAAUCUGCAAAUGCUUCUAAUGGGCGGGUAUGUUGUCUUCCGGGCUGAAGAGGUUGUUGUUGUCAAGGAACAGGGAUGCUGGAAGUCACUCACAGCAGGGGGUGCUGAGGAUCUUGUUCUUUUUCCCAUCCGCAAACAGCCGCUUCGGUCCAAAUUUUUCAUACUCGUGUUUUCUCCAUACGAGGCGUGCACAACGGUGUACACACGAACGCAUGCUUGAUAGUUUACGUAGUACUACUAGGCUACUACAAAGAAAGCAUUCUAUUUCACCUACAGUGUGUGUUGGAGUUUUUGUAUCGGAAAUAAAAGCGCAGUGGUAUUAUAAUGCAAAUCCCUGCAGCUAGACGGCGUAAUGACAGACAAACACAUUUGAAAACUAAAAGGUCCAAUAUGCCUCAGUUUAACAACCACUUUUUACAACACUCAAAUAAAUUGCGCACGAAUAUCCAACAGUGCUCUGCACAGCGGCAGCUCAACAGCAACAACAGACCAUAUCAUAGCUACAAUGCAAGCGUGUCUUACCUAUUUGAAGUUGUCUAUGGUCUAAACCUGCGGCUAACUUUUCCUCGUUGGGCACUAUUUUAAACUAUCAUAAUCAUCUUCAUUUUCCACCUCGAAUUUUAGGAUUUUUUUCUGGUUUUAUAAAGAAAAAAAAUCGCCUUUUGUAUUAUCGCUAUACAUCGCACUAUGUUAAUGCCUCCUCUGUCAACAGUUAACUUUUCCGCUCCUAUAGCGCCUUAUUUAACGUGACCUGGUAGCAAGCACGGUGUCAGGUGGUGACUAUGUUAUUAACACAUACAUUUUUAUCAACAUAUAUAUUUAAUCUACAAAGUUAUUUUACGCUAUUGUUUCAAUGUUGUUUUAAUGUUUUAUUUAUUGAUUUAUUUAAAAAAAAAAAGAAGAUCAAAACACUUUUUUUGUCCCCAACACCAGGGGGUGCUGCAGCACCCUCGACACCCCACUUCGCGUGCCACUGUCAAGUAAAUACAUUAUUGGCUGUCCCCUUGUAAAACUGUGCUGCCAACUAGGCAUGAAAAUUACAUCGAUUUCACGCGGAAUUGUAACAUCGUUCGAAAGGAGACGGAAACAUGUAAAUGCAAACAUGAAAUGUGUCGUAUUCUCGUAGCGUCACCAUGUAAACGGCCCCUCAGUGGUGAAUGGAAAAGGGGGACAAAGAAUUGACCAGUUAUUGAACAAACAUGCCGCCUUCCAUGACUCUCGACCACACUGCUGCUACAUUCCUCUUGUACAUAUAAUAUAGCUUAUUUUUUAAUUUUGUUUAGCCUUUUUUAUUGGCAACGUAGAAUAUUUCAUGUGCAAAAGUCAAAAAUAAAAUGAAAUAAAUAAAAAAAAUAAUAAUAUAUUUCAGUCAAAGAGAAGGGACUUAUCAAAUGAUUUAACAAAAAAAAAAAAAAAAAGGAUAAUAAUACAAUAAUUUUAUUUCUUGUACAGUGUUUCACGGGGAUUUUAUACUCAUAUUGGAAAAUUGGUUAUUUCUCCAAUGUUUUCCGAAGCUGGGUCGGACUCAUUGUCAUGAGGUUUAUUAUGCUGUGUUUUUUAUUUAUAUUUUUCAGGCUGCAUAUGUUUAAAAGAAAAAAAAAAUCCAUAAGAGGUUGUGCAUGCUGACAGCUCUUGGAUCAAUAAUAAACGGAACAAAAUGCACUUACGCUACUGGUCGUUUGGAGCCGAGGAGGAAGUCCAACCUACUCUUGCUUAUGUCACUUUUGGGGACCCUGAAGACUUAUCAUUCCAAUAACUUUGACGUUGACCUUUAAAAAAAAAAUAUUCACGGCUAGUUAAAUAAUAACUUUUGACCUUGAUAAUGUUAGAAGCCUCAAUUAGUCCCCAGAAGGUGGCAAAUCCAAGAAUAUCCAACAACAACAUCAAAUCCAAACCUAUGCUGUAAACUUGUAUUUAAGAUAUGAAUGAAAUGUCUUUGUUUGAUUAUGUUUCAUUUCUUAAGGGCUGGUGGUUUGUCAUUUGUCUGGACUUCACCCACUCUAUGUUUACGUGCUUGUUAUCACAUAUUUUGCGGCAAGGGUUUUGCCUCCCAACCGCAGUCCACUGGAGAUGUUGCUUUGCCAAUGUGACGAGGGAAUUCUGCCUUAAACUCAGCCUAUUCUCUCUCUCACGCGGUACUACCUGUGAACAUUGCUUGGAUACCCUGUAUUGUAAUAACGGGGUAAUGCCACAUCUAGAAAGUAAAAAAAAAAAAAAAAAAAAAAAAAAAAAAAACUGCUGUUUUUAAUUUACCUCAAGCCGAUUCGUUGCAUGAAUGAGAACGCCUCCAUCGCCAUUGGUUGCAAGGACCAAAAUGUAAACAAACUCAGAAGACUUAGCGAUUUGCGCCAACUGAGAAUCCAAUCAGAGCCUUUCAAGAAGUCACACUGAGUCAUUAGAGAUUUUCUAUCACAAAUCAUUCCCAGCUUCGUCGCCAAAUCCAAUGCAUUCACUUUCAUGUAUUUAUUCAAAACAGCAGUGAAUGAAAUGAUAUUCCAUGACUCAAGCCAACUGAGAUAGCAAUUUGUUUUUGUUUUUAAACAGGUGUAAUUUGAAUUCAUGUUGGUUCUGGACCGAUCCCCAAGAUUUUGGAGUGAUAGCCUCCCCUAUAGUGCUCCUGAACGCUGUAGUUCUCUAGUUCAUUAUAUUCUGCUUAGACUAAAAUAAAGCACAGUCCUGUAGAAAAAUGAUCCCCCGUCUUGUCCUUUUCAUUUCUUUAUAUUGCAAAGCUUUUUGUGCUGUUGGAAAAUUUAAUUUUUCCAAAGUAAUUCA